GAGCGACUCUGGUCCCUGGCCGUCUUUACCUUAUAUGGUAAUCAUAACCAUAUAUGUCACAACACAAACAUCUAUAAAUAAACGUUAUGAAUGAGUGUAAUAUGACCAUAUAUGAAGAAAGCGUAAUCAAAUAACGUGCGAGGGGUACCGAAUGGAGAAACAAGAAAAAACAUCGUUGGAAUAAUCUCCCCUUUUGAUUGCACACGAGCUUUCAAACGGUUGAGAUCCGGUGCCCAAGACAGGAGAAAAGUGAACAGUAUUGCUGGGGACUCCAAUGCUCAUCGGAUUAAGGAUAUUCUUCCUGACGAUAUAGCUGUCAAAUGCCUGCCAAUCUCUGAUGAGAAUAUGUAAUGACAAUGACAUUCGCCAACUCUGUUUUCAAAGGUGCCAAAUUUUCUUGUGAUCGUUUUCGCCAGGCAUUGUUGAGAGACUUGCGGAAGAUGGAUGUUCAACAGCUGUAUCUUCAUCUAGGCUCAAAUGACAUUCUUACGAAUGAAGCGGUGUUUUACCGAGAUGUAGCUGACUUGUGCGAUUUGGUGCAUCAGAAGGCGCACAAUCGGUGUCCAGAAUGCAGGGUUGUUUGCUCCAACGAAGACGCUUUGCUGAGCCACUUCUGCAGUCGCCACAUCAAGCAACCAGAGACUGGAAAAGAGAGUAAAAUUAAGCUGAUAGGCUCACCAAUGAUUGCAUCUGCUAAUCAUGAACUCAACGAAGUCAGCUCAAGGAAGUGGAAGGCAUGCUUGGAAAAUAGAAGUUUCCAUUAUGAAGAACAUACAAACAUUUCCCACCCACCAUGUGGAUCAAGAUGUUUGGGCUGAUGAUUCUGGGUCGUAUGUGUGGACAAGGUGGUCUUCAUUACAUCAUGAUGCAGCUGUGUAUUCAACAACAUGUUAACCUGUCCCAGCGGAUGUUGAUGCUCUUAAAUCUCUUAAAUGAUGUUGAGAAAAAUCCAGGACCGGUACUUUAUGACAAAAUAUACAUCGUUUAUUGAAUAACUAUAUAUAUUUAUUUUAACAUUAAAGUGAUUUUUUUCUUGCAUUUUUGUGCCUUUUGUUACUGAGAACUAUUUUAUCAUAUGUUGGUGAUUGAAACCCAGGACCUGUAAGUGCUUCUUAAUAUUUGCAACAAAUGACAAAUCAUGUUAAGUUUUUGAAACAUCUGUUUUUUGUUCAGUUAAAGGACAUAUUGAACUCACUAAUUGCUAAGUUAACUUAGAUGCAUCAAGUUUUUUUGAUGAUUUCUACUUUCUGUUGAAUCAUUAUCCUUUCCAAAGCCAGAGAGAUAUAGUGUUGGCGUUUUCCAUCGGUCAGUCUGUCAGUCCAUCCAUCUGUUUGUUACAAACAUUUUAGGGCUUCAUAUCAUGAAUUUAAUAAGAUUUCAACAUGGAAAAAUAAGUGUAUGCCAUAUUCAUACAAUAGUGCAAAUUUA